UAUAAAAGUGGUGUCAUGCCCGCUGCUGCAGAGGCCCGGCUCGUUACGCGCUCACAGAGACGGAGGCAGGCAGAGCAGGGAGAGGAGGACGCACACUCACUCACUGUGCGCAAGCUUUACAAACUGCAGAUCUGUGUUAGGCAAACGGGAGGCGGGGGUUUCAGUAGUGGCAUUUUCCUCUGGCGCACUCAGAAUUUAACAAAAGCAAAUUUUUACGCACGAACUAGUGCCAGAAUUCGUGUUUCAACUUAACUGCGCGUUUGCCUCCGUGGUGAAUAGGAUGCGUGUCUUCUCCUGCCGACCCAGUGCUGUUUGACACAUUCCCCCGAGAGCUGGAUCCGUUCACCGGUCUGUUUUCUCACCGGGGGAAGUUGGGCUCGUCAUAGAAAAAACUUUUUUUCUUCUGGCCGUUUGGCCGUGGAUGCCACGGGAAUGGGACCGAGCCAACGGGAGAGCGUGUCUGCGCUUUGCAGGAAAAGUUUGCUGUGCACGUUGCUGCUGCUCUGGCUCAGCGCGGCCGUGGACGGGACCUGGAAGACGGGGCUUUACAAGACCUACUCUGCAGCCUCCCACACCUCCGUCUACCAGAAAAGGAACUGGUGUCCUCAUACGGUCACCAAGACAGUGACGUGCCAGGUGCAGAACGGGACAACUCUCCAGCGAGUCUACCAGACAUGCCGCUGGCCACAGGGAUGUACAGGAGGGAGCUACAGGACCGUUGUCAGACCUUCCUACAAAGUUGUGUACCGCACAGUGACGUCUCUGGAGUGGAAAUGCUGUCUAGGAUUCAGCGGCGCUGCCUGUGAAGAAGAUGCAGGGAACCAGCUUGUGGCUCAGGAGGCUGUGAGGAAACCAUCGACGCUACGCCGGCCGCCUGCACGCACAGGAGAAACAACCUCUAGCUGUCUGAACUGCAGCAGAAUCACAGAUCUGAGUGACAGGCUGAACUCAGUGGAGGCAAAGGUCCAAUUACUCACUGCCCCCUCCUCCAUAUCGCAUCGCCACCCUCAGGGUAAAGGAGAAACUGCACCAGAGGCCUCAUCCCUAAUUGGGGCUGCACCCGCUCAGGGGGCUCCUGGUGAGCAGGGACCUGCAGGUCCUCAGGGUGAAAAGGGGAGAGAUGGGCUUCCUGGCAGAGAUGGGAAGUUAGGGUCUCGGGGGCUGCCAGGUCCCAGUGGGCCUCGGGGGGAGGCCGGGGCAAGGGGCCCAUCUGGAACCCCCGGAUCAAAGGGAUCCCACGGACAAGCAGGUUCACGUGGUCCAUCAGGACUCCCAGGAGACAGGGGUCUACCAGGGCCGCCUGGGCCUCCGGGGCCUCCAGCACCAGCCAGUGCCCACAUCCCAGAGCCAGACAAUGCUCGCAGAAAAGACCUCUUCUACACCAACACAUUUCAUGACUCACGAGGGUCGCCCGUUCCAGGACCUCAGGGCCCCGCCGGUCCUGUCGGUCCUGCAGGUCCCAAAGGCCCAGUAGGACCGCCUGGUCCACCAGGACAAAAUGGUAAAUCUGGAGCUGCUGGAAUACAGGGCCCUGUGGGGCCAAAAGGAGAGCGUGGGGAGAGAGGUCCUUUAGGUUACCCAGGAGAGAGGGGCUUCAGAGGCGAGUUGGGAACACCAGGUCCUAAAGGAGAGCCAGGAGAGAAGGGCUUGCCGGGGGACGGAAUACAUCAGAUCAGAGAGGCGCUGAAGAUCUUAGCCGAGAGGGUUUUAAUCCUCGAGACUAUGAUCGGUAUUCAUGAGCCUGAUCUAGGGUCUGGGGAUGGACCGUUUGGCACAGCCAUCCCUAGUUUCUACAGAGAUAAACGAGCAGGUGCGCUUCCAUAUCGACUCGCUUCUCCUCUGUCCUCCGACACCAAGGUUCGAGGCAAGUAGCCCCCACCCCCCCCGCUCACCCUGAGGAUCACGGGCUGGGUUGAAAUCCCCCUCCUAUAGGUCUCAUCGGCACUCAACAGAUUUAGACCGUAUCUGAUACCGUCAGAUUUAGGAUGGGGGGGGGGACACCUCAGGGAAACUCCACUGAUACUCCACAAUACUCCUCCUCUAUUGGGAACUGGAGAACUAGUUUGACCCCCCCACCCCCCCACCUGUUGCCAUAACUACACUCUUUAUCUAUACACAAUACACCCAGCAGCCCCCUCUCUGUGUCUCAUUUUCUUUGGCUACAGAACUGAAGCCUCAGAUCAUGUUUGAAAAAGGAAAAUCUGAUGUGCUCCUCGAGUACACACAGUUCUGGACAAUAAGGGUCAUUUAGAGUAAUAAUUUGAAGGAGGAAUCAGAUGUGAGCAAAGAGACUGGAUUUGAGUUUCUAACGCUUUCUCUAUGUAACUGCAACCUGACGAGAUUCCAUUAUUUAAGUGUAUUGAGCAUGUGCAGUUUGCAGGACACAAUUACAUAAACAAACCUCUUCUUCUAGUAUUAGUUUUUGUUAUACUUCUAUCAUAUUGUUUAACUCAAUGUUAUGUAGUGCACUAAAAAAAUGAAGUCAUCUCUACUCUAACUGAGAUACAUGUUGCUGACAGUGAUUUGUGGUUUUCUGGUGUGAGUGUUUUCCCCCCCCCUUGAAGUCCACACUGAUGAAGUGGAUGAAUAAACAAUAAUAUAUUUGCAUUUAAUCUUUGCAAAUGCACAAAUAUUAGCAUUUGAAUUUGGCUGCAUAUCAAUUGAAACGAUCAUGAUGUUGCAUUCUGACUGUCCACUUCACCAUCUUUUAACACACACAAGAAAAUAGCAAAACUGUUACUGGAACUUGAACCUGUUUUUACCACUGCUGUGUUGGUAAACUGCUUAAACUGUCCUGAUGAAAAGACUUGAUAAUUGUUUUUUCAUCUUAUAUCAAACCUAUUGUGAAACUAUUUAAAUAAUGAUCAUUUGUAGUUUAUUUUGUAUACUGUUGUGUAACCAUUUCAUAUUUUUGAACUUUAUUUUCAUGCAAACGUGUUAUUGUGUUAAGAUAAUCCUAUCUAGAAGAUCGGUGUAAUAAAAUAAUGUUCAUUGUUGUUGUUUUUUCAA